AUGUCCAAGAGGAAAUUGAGCGACCCGCUCCCACCGCCCAAAAGGGCCAGAUUAACCCAGCCUCACGAUAUGCUCGACUCCAAGCCCUCGCUGACGAAAGAUGCACGACGAGAGAAACGCAAGAGGAGCGAACCUCUGUCGACGAAUCCCCACGAAGGGCCGAAAUCAAAACGACCUAGGACGAGCGCAGGUUCAAGCGAUGCCACAACAAUAUCACUUGAUAUAUCCACAGAGCCAUGGCCGAGCAUCGAAGACGUGUCAGAGGAAGAAGAGGUCCCGACCUUUACAAGCGAAGAAACAGCAGCUUCCCGCGAGUCAUCUUUCGAUCGAUGGCCAAGCAUCCCGUACGAGCCAAAGCCAUCGGAGGAAAUGGAUCAGGAGGUCCUGGCCUUCCAGAUAGCGGGUGAAUCGGCCAUGGCGGGAUACGUAUGCGAGUACGAGUAUAUCGACAUGCUUCUCCAAGGCACAAUGCCCAGUCCAGAGCCGUCAGAUGGCGAUGCGGGCGAACGCGAAGCGUUUAGACACACGAUCGCCGACGAGAUCAUCCCUCCGGCCCGACGUUCUACACUAAAACCACGCGCAACGCCGUCUCCUACACUUCCUAAAGCGUCUCCGCGCCGAAGGAGAAGCGUAACCCCCUAUCGGCGAACCGAAAAGUGCAGCUCACUUCCAUCUUGCGAGGAAGAGCCUCAGCAGCAAGGGCGCAAGGACAAGAAAAACAACCGGCGCCAGCGACAAAAGGAGACACCUUCACCGGCUAUGGAGAAGUUUCUACAGUCCAAACGGUCCUCCCGACGAGCCCCCGCAGGCCAGCUGUGGUGCCUAGACGAAAAGGGCAGGGCAUGCGAUAUUCAGAGCAGCAGACGGUGA